AUGAUCGGCGAAAGCUCGUCUUCAUCCUCCCUUGGCGAUACGGAGGCGUUGGAAAACUCGGCUUCUUACCUUGUACUAAUCGCUGAAUUCGCACUACAGGAUAUCGACGAUACCUUGUCGACACGAAAGGGCAAGGCUAGCGCGCUCGCUCCCAAGACCGAUGAAGAACUUGCGUUCGAACUGUUCGCCGAGGAAGCGCAUGCCCUGCUCGCUCUCACACGGGACAUUGCCUUCGCUCAAAGCCUAGACGAUGCUCUGCGAGCCGAUCAGGACAUCAUUCAAGAGUUGUUGCAGGCAGACGAAGUCGCUCGCUCCGACAGGGAGUAUGCGUUAGCUCUCGAGGGGGAAUAUCACUCGCGACCACGUCCGUCUCGGGCUCCGUGA